AUGUCCAGCCUAGACAGCAAGGCCGCUUUCAAGGCCCGUGCCCUGGAGCUCAAUUUCCCCGAGGCCGUGUUGGCUAAGCUGGCGGCCAUCAAUGUGGACACGCCCACCACCGACGAGGGCCCGCUCAUUGCGACUCUGAAGCGGGCCUUGGGUACCCCGCCCGACGAUGGCGUUCUCAGUGCGCUGGCCGAGAUGCGGGGCAAGGUGGAGCGAACCGACGCUUCCGAGCCGCUCAGGAUGCCCUUGGCGGAGCGCGCUCAGCGCAUUUCUGCCCUUCAGCAACGACUUGUCGGCAUUCAUUGGACUGUGGACAUUGAGCCUUCCCAUAAGCUGCAGGACCUCGUAGCUCAGAUGGUCACCGAUCAAUCUUUGGUAUGGAUUCCCUGGGAUCGCCUCACUAGCAGGGCUUUGGAACUCACUGCUGAGAAGCUUGAUCAAACUGUCAGCUUCGACUCCUCCGGCAACCUCAAACUGGUCAAGCGCUCAGCCGAUCCUUCUUGCAGCACCACCGGGGAGUAUGCAGUGAAGCUAGCUUUGCAACGGCGCAGUUUAGCUUUUGAGCUCGGACGCAUUUGCCGUUACGAGUAUCUUGAAGCCUGGCAUGAUCAGCUGUUGCAGAUUCACAUGCGCCAGCAGCCCACCGGGCACCAGAGAGUCUCGUUAAACCAGUUGCGGGAGGCCGACAAGAUGCUUUGGACCCGUAUCGCGGAGGACACUCGAGGAGCGCUUUCUCUUCGUCCGGAUGGCAGCUAUCCCUUCGAGGUCUCUCUGGCCAAGUGGAAAGAUCACGCUCAGGUGCAGUGCUACUUUGAUGCCUCUGCUUCGUGCGCUUCCCUCCGCUCCCAGCUUGCCGCCUCCUCCCGACAAAGGCCGCUGAUCUCCCGCCGCAGUUGGAGCCUCCUUCCGGACCCCGAGCUCACUGAAGGGCCGUCUGCUUUUGCCAGUGACAGGGUCAAACUGUACAACAAGCUUAACCAGAUGGAAAAGGAGCUCCGCUAUGAAGAGGCCCGGCUGCACUCCACUUUCCCCGACCAUGCCAGGGAAGUGGUCAAAGGGAAGAACUUGCUGCUUUGGGCACAACUCUUGAAAGAGACUGCGUUUCCGGAUGAAGGAGUUUUCGAGCUUAUGAAGGGAGUGGACUUGGUGGGGAAACCCGACAAGUCGCCGCUCUUCGAUACCAAGGAGGUGCCUGCAAAAUCUACAGAGGCGCUUCUUCUUGAAUCAGCUUCUUGGAGGCGCGAACGCCUGAAGGCGAAGGAUCCUCAUAAAGGCGACAUGGAAGCCACGAUCCAGCUUUGGGAAUGCACCUUGAAGGACAGAGACAACGGAUUCUUGAAAGGACCCUUUCUUGACGAGGAGGCAGUGAAGCAACACCUUGGUGUCGAGGAAUUUGUCUGCUCCAGGCGGUUUGUCAUAGAGCAAGGCGCGCCAGAGAAUCUUAAGCUCAGACCGAUUGACAACUACAAAGAAGGAGGCAUCAACGAAGCUUACCACAGCUUGGAGAAGUUGGCCCUCUUCGAUGUCAACUGGAUGACUGCCAUGGCAACGUACAUUGCUCGAGUCUCAGACACGUCAUCGGACAUAGAAAUCGUCUUGAGUACCGGAGAAGUCUUGAGAGGAAAACUUCAUCAGUCUUGGAAAAGCAAGAAACCUGUUUGGCAAGGGCGCACUUUGGAUUUGGAAAAGGCCUACCGCCAAGUGCCUCUCUCCAGUGCGUCCCUGAAGCUUGGAGUCGUGAUGGUCACCGAUCCCAACAGCGGAAGGCCCUGCUACUUCGUGGCGCAGAGCCUGCCGUUCGGUGCUGCAUCUUCAGUGUUUGCAUUCAACAGACUGUCUAGGUCAAUCCUGCAUUUAAGCUGGAACCUGGUGGGCAUGGUCGCUGGAUGCUUUUACGAUGACUUCCCGCUUCUUGAGAUUCAAUCGGGUGCCAAGCUGGCUUCGGAGUCCUUCGAACAUCUGCUCAGGAAGAUCGGAUGGAAGUAUUCAACCGACCCAGACAAGUCGCAUGGCUUCGAAGAGACUUUCGAUCUCCUUGGGGUCAGGCUUACCACUCGUGACAUCGCCAAUGGUGUGGUCAGUUUGCAGAACAGGACAUCGAGGGUGGAGAAGAUGAAAGAUGCCUUUGUCAGAUUGGGGCUCAGUGGAAAGUGGACCAUACGGGAGAUCCAAUCGCUUCAGGGCCAAGUCAACUUCGCUUUGGGCUUUGCUUCGGGAAGAGCUUUGAAACUUCUGCAACGUGCACUGGGCAGCUUCAUUCGUGAUCCCGGUGCUCGCGCUGCUGAAGACCUUCGAGCGCUUUGCAGUUUCGGCAUCAAGCUUUUGGACGAGUGCAGGCCGCGAGUUUUUGGUUGCAGGGGGCCGGAACAACCCGUCUUGAUCUUCACCGAUGCUGCCUACGAGAAAGGCAAAGCAUCAUACGGGAUCGUGCUGAUCGAUGCCUUCACUUCAACGCGUCUGGUGGGGGGCGGAAACAUCCCGGAUGAUUUGGUGAACUUCUGGAAGCUUGACAGUCCAGAGCAAGUGAUAGCUCAGGCCGAAGCUUAUGCUGUAGUUCUUGGGCGACUCGUCAUGCGGAGCUUCAUUCAUGGACGGCGAGUUCUUUACUUCGUGGAGAAUGAAGGUGCGAGAGAAGUUCUUGUAAAAGGAGCCAGCCGAUCCCGCACGCUGCUUCUUCUGGGGAGUCUCUUCUUCGAGAUGGAAAAUCUUGAUCAAAGUCUUACUUGGCUGGAACGUGUGGCAUCGGCGAGCAACGUGGCAGAUGCUCCGAGCAGAGGCGAGAUUCGUGAAACUGCUGCGAUGAUCGGCGGAAGUGUGAUUGACCUUGAAGCUGAAAGCAUCAAGUUAUCGGAGGAGUGCAAAUCUACUGUACAGAUACCUUGGAAGCUGCUCAAAUGA